UAGGUCCAUAACCACGCUCUUUUCGGCUAAUUAAACUCCCGAAUAGUUAAUCAUCUAUAAUUGUUGUUUUGUUUUGUUUUGUUUUUUUGUUUUGUUUUUUGUUUUUUGGCUUCGUGACUUUCCCAUUUAUCAUAUCUUCUUCUGCCGUCCGAAAAGUUUAGAACUUGGAAAGAGAAAACAAGAAAGAGAUUGAGCUCAUCCCUGCUGCUUGAGGCACUCAGGCACGCACUGUCUCGGUGUCGCAAAAAGCCAGAAAGCCCCGGCAAUUUCCGCCGGGAUCUCUGUAUUUGCUUUUUUCUUUUUGGGUUCAAGCGUUGUGGAUGAUCUGUUCUUCAAUUUGACAGUUAGAUCACAGGUCAUUGGCCGGCGAGAGUUUUCUGGCGGGUAUGAUGUGUGUCUGACUCUCGUUUUGUUUUCUGAGCCGAGAAAGCUUUAUUUUAAGCUAUUGGCCUAUUGGGUUUAAUCAUUUGAGUUCUUUGGUUAAUGUGAAUUUUGGUCAGACACCCAUAAGAGCUGUUAGGUGGUGGGUUAAUGAGAUAAAGGUGAGGGAAAAUAAUUUCAGAUUGACUGGUAGAUGUAGAGAGGGAGAGCGAGAGAGAAGCUGAGACAGUGUAGAAACCCUAAGAGGAAAAGGGAAAAAGAAAGUGGAAAAAUUAGAACUUCAUUCUCAAAAGGUUGCUUUGCAACACUGAGGCUAAAUCCCUAAGUUUUCCCUCUUUGUUGGCUAGAUUGAUUUCCUAGCAACCGCAGAGAAAUUUUCGGUCCCCAUGCCAGUUGAUUUAGACAAUUCUUCAACAGCUUCAGGGGAAGCUAGCGUCUCUUCCUCUGGCAAUCAGACUGCUCCACCAAAGUCCACUGUUAAGAAGAAGAGAAAUCUUCCCGGAAUGCCAGAUCCAGACGCGGAGGUGAUUGCACUGUCUCCAAAAACCCUGUUAGCGACGAACCGAUUCGUGUGUGAAAUCUGCAACAAGGGAUUUCAGAGGGAUCAGAAUCUCCAGCUCCAUCGACGGGGUCAUAAUCUGCCAUGGAAGCUGAGGCAGAGGUCCAGCAAGGAAGUGAGGAAAAGAGUCUAUGUGUGUCCCGAGCCAACCUGCGUCCAUCAUGAUCCCUCCAGAGCUCUGGGUGAUCUCACCGGAAUAAAGAAGCAUUUCUGUAGAAAACACGGUGAGAAGAAGUGGAAAUGUGACAAAUGUUCAAAGAAAUAUGCAGUUCAGUCAGAUUGGAAGGCUCACUCGAAGAUUUGUGGUACCAGAGAGUACAAAUGCGAUUGUGGGACUUUGUUUUCGAGGAGGGAUAGUUUCAUCACGCACAGGGCAUUCUGUGAUGCGUUGGCAGAGGAGAGUGCAAGAAAUCAGACCCAGCCUCAGACUCAAACCCAGACUCAAGCUCCUGAGAAGCCUAAUUCAGAGUCGGACCCAAAAAUUAUAAGCGGCGAUUCCUCCCCAACAGUUCCGGCGCCGGCGCCACCGCCACCGCCUACAGCCCCGCCUCCAGCUCCGAAGUCAAAUAGCGUCAUGCCAUCUGCCUUGCAGACGAAAAAUCCAGAGUUGCCCGAAAAUCCUUCACAAAUCAUUGAGGAACCACAGGCCUCUGCUGCUCUAAAUGGGAGCUGCAGCAGCAGUACUAGCUCAACCAGUAAUGGUGGUACUAGCAGUACUGUAUUUGCAAGCUUGUUUGCUUCCUCAACUGCAUCCGGAAGCCUGCAACCUCCUCAACCUCAAGCUCCUGCGUUUAUUAGGGCCAUGGCUCGUCCGGAUCGUCCUGCAGAGCUCUCAGGGCCUUCAUCUUCGGAGCCCAUCUCUCUCUGCCUGUCCCCUAGCAAUGGGUCGUCAAUCUUUGGAACAGGAGGGCAAGAACGUCGUCAGUAUGCCCCACCACCACAGCCAGCUAUGUCCGCCACUGCGCUACUGCAGAAAGCUGCUCAGAUGGGUGCAGCAGCAACAAAUGCAUCGCUGCUUCGUGGGUUCGGCAUAGUCUCAUCUUCCUCAUCAUCUUCAUCAUUAAGCUUGCUAGAUGACAUGCCAUGGGGUCAGAGGCAAGUAGAACCGGAGAAUGCUUCAGUUCAUGCAGGGCUCGGGCUUGGACUCCCAUGUGAUGGUGGCUCUGGAUUGAAGGAAUUAAUGAUGGGGACGCCCUCUGUGUUCGGUCCCAAGCACACGACCCUGGACUUUCUGGGAUUGGGGAUGGCUGCGGGUGGUGGCACCCCUAGUGGAGGCUUAUCAGCACUAAUCACUUCCAUUGGUAGUGGUCUGGACGUUUCUGCCACAGCAAGGCCCUUCGGUAGUGGAGAGAUUUCAGGUAAAGAUAUUGGGAGGAGCUCGUGACAUUGUCUGGCUGUAAUCCUUGUACAAUCUGGGGUGAGAUCAGACUUGAUAUGAUAUGUCCCAAAAGGUGGAAAGGACUGUGUUGAUAGUAAAUGAAAAUGCCCGGAGAGCCUCCUCCAUUCAUACACUAAGCCUGCUUGCUCUGGACCACUUGAUAUGGUGGAUUGCGGAUAUGUGGAAGCUUUUUAUAAAACCCGGUUGUGUUUUAAGUCUUUUUGCAAAACAGUAUGGCGUAUUUGGUGAUCAGGUCUGCUCCAUUUGUAUGUUGGGCAUCUGCAAUUUUGGUCAUUUUAUGAAUGCCAAUAGUGGAUGAUUUGGUACAUAGCCGUAGCUUGUAGGCAUAAAUCAGGAAACUCUGAUGAUGUUAGUUCCUUCAACUUUUUCAGGCCGAGUUUCCGCCAAGUGUUGAUUAUUGCAGUCACAAGGUGGAUUUGGACGUAUGCCCAUUGGCAGUAUGUGGUUUAAUAAUUAUUUUACUGGAGAAUGUGCUGUGUCAUUAUCUAGUGUGGUAGAGACUUUGUAUAGAGCAUUAAUUAAAGUUCCAUUGGCUUUCGUUCCAUUCCAA